CCAACACACAUGAAUAGCUCACAAAUUUCUCUUCUCCUUCUUCCUCUUUUCUCACAGCUUAGCACAGACCGAAUUUUAAUUUCUAACUUUGACAAACAGAUUAAAACCUUUCUUCGAUUCGACACUGAAUCACGAAAUUUCGAGAGAGACUAAGAUAUGGUGAAGGUACGAAUGAACACGGCGGACGUCGCCGCCGAAGUCAAGUGCUUGAAGCGAUUAAUCGGUAUGAGAUGCUCCAACGUCUAUGAUAUAUCUCCCAAGACGUAUAUGUUCAAGCUCUUGAAUAGUAGCGGUAUCACAGAAUCUGGUGAAAGUGAGAAAGUUUUGCUUUUAAUGGAAAGUGGUGUUCGUUUACAUACCACAGCUUAUGUCAGGGAUAAGAGUAAUACUCCAUCUGGGUUUACUUUGAAGUUGAGGAAACAUAUCAGGACUAGGAGGCUUGAGGAUGUUCGACAGCUUGGUUAUGAUAGGAUUAUUGUCUUCCAGUUUGGGCUAGGUGCUAAUGCUCACUAUGUUAUAUUGGAGCUGUAUGCUCAAGGAAACAUAAUUCUUACUGAUUCUGAGUAUAUGAUCAUGACACUCCUCCGCUCUCAUAGAGAUGACAAUAAGGGUUUUGCUAUUAUGUCUCGUCACCGUUACCCGAUAGAGAUAUGUCGAGUCUUUGAGAGAACAACUGUUUCAAAGCUUCAGGAAUCACUUACUGCUUUCGUGCUUAAGGAUCAUGACGCAAAACAGAUUGAACCGAAGGAGCAGAAUGGUGGCAAAAAGGGUGGGAAGUCAAAUGAUUCUACGGGUGCCAAACAAUAUACAUUGAAGAAUAUUCUUGGUGACGCUUUAGGCUAUGGGCCACAGCUCUCAGAGCACAUUAUUCUGGAUGCUGGUCUAGUUCCAACUACCAAACUUUCAGAAGACAAGAAAUUAGAUGAUAAUGAGAUUCAGUUAUUGGUUCAAGCGGUGAUCGUUUUUGAAGAUUGGCUUGAAGAUAUUAUAAAUGGUCAAAAAGUUCCUGAAGGUUAUAUUCUAAUGCAAAAACAAAUUUUGGCAAAUGACACGACUUCUGAAUCAGGAGGUGUUAAAAAGAUGUAUGAUGAGUUCUGUUCAAUCUUACUAAAUCAAUUCAAAUCAAGAGUGUAUGAAAAGUUUGAAACUUUCGAUGCGGCUUUAGAUGAGUUCUACAGCAAAAUUGAGAGCCAAAGGUCUGAACAACAACAAAAGGCAAAAGAAGAUUCUGCCAGUCUGAAACUCAAUAAGAUUCGCCAAGAUCAGGAGAACCGUGUUCAAAUUCUGAAGAAAGAAGUCAACCAUUGUGUUAAUAUGGCGGAAUUAAUCGAGUACAACUUAGAAGAUGUAGAUGCUGCCAUAUUAGCUGUUCGUGUAGCACUUGCAAAGGGUAUGGGCUGGGAUGAUCUAGCUCGCAUGGUCAAGGAAGAAAAAAAAUUAGGAAAUCCUGUUGCUGGAGUCAUUGACAGACUUUAUCUGGAGAAGAAUUGCAUGACCUUGUUGUUGUGCAACAAUCUCGAUGAAAUGGAUGAUGAUGAGAAGACGGUUCCAGUGGAAAAGGUGGAGGUUGACUUAUCACUUUCUGCGCAUGGUAAUGCUAGGCGCUGGUAUGAAAUGAAGAAGAAGCAAGAAACCAAACAGGAGAAGACUGUUUCUGCCCAUGAAAAGGCUUUUAGAGCAGCUGAGAAAAAGACCCGCCACCAACUUUCUCAGGAAAAAGUGGUUGCAACGAUUUCACACAUGAGAAAAGUCCACUGGUUUGAGAAAUUUAAUUGGUUCAUUAGCAGUGAAAACUACUUGGUCAUCAGUGGUCGUGAUGCUCAGCAAAAUGAGAUGAUAGUUAAACGUUACAUGUCAAAAGGAGAUCUGUAUGUACACGCAGAGCUUCAUGGAGCAUCUAGUACUGUGAUAAAGAAUCAUAAACCUGAACAAAAUGUACCGCCUCUCACUUUAAACCAAGCUGGAUGUUUUACGGUUUGUCAUAGUCAGGCCUGGGAUUCCAAGAUUGUUACUAGUGCAUGGUGGGUUUAUCCUCAUCAGGUCACUAAAACAGCUCCUACUGGGGAAUACCUUACAGUUGGAAGUUUCAUGAUACGAGGUAAGAAAAACUUUCUUCCACCACACCCACUCAUCAUGGGUUUUGGAUUAUUGUUUCGUUUGGACGAGAGCUCCUUGGGAGCUCAUUUGAAUGAGAGAAGGGUAAGAGGGGAAGAGGAAGGAAUGAAUGAUGUAGUCAUGGAAACACAUGCUCCUGAUGAGCAUUCAGAUACUGAGUCAGAGAACGAAGCAGUGAAUGAAGUGGUUUCUGCCUCAGGAGAAGUUGAUUUGCAGGAAUCAAGUACGGCAUUGAGCCAAGAUACUUCUUCUUUAGACAUGAGUUCAUCUGGUAUUACUGAAGAAAAUGUUGCAUCAGCCACCUCACAGCUUGAAGAUCUUCUUGAUAGAACCCUUGGUCUUGGUGCUGCAACGGUGGCAGGCAAGAAAGAUACAAUAGAGACAUCAAAAGAUGAUAUGGAAGAGAAGAUGAAACAGGAAGAGAAGAAUGCAGUAGUGAGAGAUAAGCCUUAUAUGUCAAAAGCUGAAAGAAGAAAGCUUAAGAUGGGCCAAAGCGGCAACACAGCUGCUGAUGGUAACACUGGGCAAGAAAAGCAGCAACGAAAGGAAAAAGACGUUUCUUCUUUAAGCCAAGCUACCAAGAGCAUACCUGAUAACAAGCCAGCUGGGGAAAAAGUUAGCCGUGGGCAAAGGGGUAAACUUAAGAAAAUGAAGGAGAAGUAUGCUGAUCAAGAUGAAGACGAAAGAAAAAUACGGAUGGCAUUGUUGGCAUCGUCUGGAAAGCCACAGAAGACUGAUGUUGAAUCACAGAAUGCAAAAACCGCGGUCACUGAAGUGAAGAAACCUUCUGAAGAGACAGACGAUGCUGUGAAAAUAUGUUACAGGUGUAAGAAGGUUGGACAUCUUGCUAGGGAUUGUCAUGGGAAAGAAACUUCAGACAUGGACAAAGUGGUGAUGGAAGAAGACGAUAUUCAUGAAGUUGGGGACGAAGAGAAAGAAAAACUGAUUGAUGUCGAUUACCUUACUGGUAACCCGUUACCAACCGACAUCCUUUUAUAUGCGGUCCCCGUGUGCGGCCCCUACAAUGCUCUCCAGUCAUAUAAAUACAGAGUCAAAGCGAUUCCAGGCAGCAUGAAGAAAGGAAAAGCUGCAAAAACUGCAAUGAAUCUGUUCACACAUAUGUCGGAGGCGUCAGUAAGGGAGAAAGAGUUGAUGAAAGCUUGUACGGAUCCGGAGCUGAUGGCUGCUCUUGUCGGGAAUGUGAAGAUCACAGCAGCAGGUUUGACGCAGUUGAAGCAGAAACAGAAGAAGGGCAAGAAAAGCGGGAAACAACAACAUAGCUAGGUUUUAGGUAACUGCUGCGUUGCAGCGAAGAAGGCUUUUACAAACAUAUAGCAGAUUGGUUCAUAUCUUUGUAUGUUCACUCUUGCAAAAACGAAACAUCAUGUUACAGCCCAAAUAUUAUCAGAAUCAAAGUGAUUUGAAAAUUUAGUAAAUUUUGGCUAAAGAGAGCUCUAGUUAUGAACUAAUACAUUUCAUUAUCAGUAAAAUCCAUAAAUAGCUGAAAACAA